AUGGCUGCCAACGCUACCAAUUCUCCCGGUCGCACGAUUUGGAACGACAAGACUCGUUCUGAUCUCCUGCAAGCCAUUAUCGACGUCGCUCCUCCCACGGCUCAAGAGUGGGAAGCCAUCUCGGCCCAGCUUCGAGCAAAAGGCUACACUUACAACUACAGCGCUGCCCAACAGCAUCUUCAGAAGCUGAAGAAGAAGGAAGGAACUGGUCAGGGUAGCGUGCCUGCUACACCCAAGAAGGCCAAGAGUACUCCCAAGGGUACUCCCAAAGGUGGCAAAACCCCGACGUCAGGUGUCAAGCGCAAUAGCAACAAGGCUUUCGAUGAAGAUGAGGAUGAAGAGAAAAUCCUUCAGAAGAAGCAAUUCAAGCUUGAAAGUAGUGGGGAGAGCUUCUUGUGGCAACCUUCCCUGCAACUGAGCUGCUAUUCUACACACUCUGGUCUCACGGAGACGCCUUCGUUGGCUCGCACCAACAACAUAGAGGUAGAAUUGGGAGUCCGGGAUUGGCGCAAUAUUAUUGGCCCAGACAGUUACUUGAACCGUUUCGGCUAUUGGAAGAUUCUGAAAGCCUGUCUACUUGCUAGGAAAGAUGGCUUAAAGUUCUUAUGGGUCGACACGAAUUGCAUAGAGAAAACUAGCAGCGCCGAGCUCUCUGAAGCCAUCAAUUCCAUGUAUGCCUGGUACCGCAGUUCUGCUGUUUGCUACGCGUACCUGUCCGACGUAUACAUCAAAGACCCGACCUACGACGGCACAGGCGAUCUCCGAGGUGACUCGCUCGAGUCCUUCCGACGGAGCAGGUGGUUUCGUCGCGGAUGGACAUUGCAAGAAUUGCUGGCGCCUAGGAAAGUGCGCUUCUUCUCACACGAUUGGACAUUCAUCGGCACGAAGAAGGAGAUGGCAUCGCUCUUAGAGGAGAUCACGCGCGUGGAUAAGAAAUAUCUGCUGUAUGCACAAGAUAUCCGUAGCGCAAGUAUAGCGCAGCGCAUGGCAGCUGUGGCAGAUCGCACGACCACAAGGCCAGAAGACAUCGCAUACUGCCUGCUCGGGCUGUUCAACGUCAACAUGCCCCUUCUUUACGGCGAGGGAGCCAUGGCUUUUGUGCGACUACAGGAAGAAAUUAUGAAGGUUUCAGAUGACCAUUCGAUUUUCGCGUGGACUUGGCUCACCGAACUAACGGGAAGGAUAACAAACAAGACUACAGCUGAAAUUGAUAUCACACGCCGCAAUGGUCUUACACUUAUCCACAAACCCAACUUUCCCGUAAAUAGGGUUAAUGGUCUGCUUCGUAAUCGCUUGAGAAGACCUGUAACGCGGCCUACGCUUCUUGCGCCAGAUCCCGCGUGUUUCUUCGAUGCCAGCGCUAUCACGACACUUAAACCGUCGGGUAGCAUUGGCAUCUUCACAAUGACAAACGCUGGCCUUUCUAUAUCAUUGCCGAUCCUUCAUCAUCCCAGUAAUAAGAAGCUGUCAUUCGCUGUAAUACACGAAGAGGACAACACCAAGAACGACACAAGGACAGCGAUAUUGAUCCCACUAACCCCGCAUUAUCAGCAUGGUGAUCGGUGGACGCGGACGUUCUUUCCAGUCGCACCAGUCACUGUAGUGUUCCGGAAACGAAGUGAAAUGACGCCCAAGCCAGAGGCAAUACAAGUAUGCAGAGACAUGCAACAUGUCUCAUUCUAUUUCGACGCAUUUGGCGGGACUUUCCACCGCUUCGGCUUCUGGCUCCUGUUCCCGCAGCUUCAGGAAACGGGCCGUGUCAUUUUCAACCUUCAAGAUGGAUGUGUCCUGGGAGAUGGUUUAUAUAAUGACCACGGCGUGUUCGUGAAUCCGGACAAAAGGCGUGACGAACAGUUCAUCGGCGGUCUGUUAGUAUUCAGAAUGGAUGCAGGAAUGCAAGACAUAUGGGGCUGGUGGCACGGCAAAAUCAUCAUCCUCGUCCUGGUUUCGAAUGUGCAGAGAUUGCCUAAAGGCGAUUUUAAGAAGACAUCUCAUCACUGUAAGAUUCUGGUUCGACCGCAAGCCCCUGACGAACCAAUACAACUCCUAGAGAGUUUCGUAUCAAGCCUGCAGCAAAAGCAAUGUGAAUACAGCGGACAGUCAACACACGUCUGCAGCGAUAGCUAUAAACAGGAGCCUGGAAACAUGAAGAAAUACUGGCCGCUAGGUCACCAAGAGGUUACACUUCACGCCACUGCGGAACUGCUGAACGAUGAGUCUUUGAGCCACUCUCCGGAAUCCGAAAUCACUCUAACGAAGUUGGGCUGCUGGCACUCCGAGAAGCGUGCUAGGGACUUGAAACUAUUGGGUCGCGGCUUCACCAUCUGA